AAUUUACAAAUAUAAUUUUUACUAAUAAAUGUUAGUUGUUAUAGGAAGAACCAUUUCACGUGGUGUAUGAGCUGUGGCCAGACUCAUAGCUUUGAGAAAUCCGAAAGAAAGCUGUGAUGUCGAUUUUGGAAAUCAAAUCACCAUGGAAAAAGCAAAGCUACCAAUUCACAAACAUCCUUUGUUACCUAUAACUCGUUUUUUUUCUCGUCGCGGCUGUAACGGAUGUGGAUCUUAUGGUUACAUCUACGGAGGCUACCGUUGCAAUGAGUUGGGGUGUGAGACUCCUGCGUUUCAUAGAGAGUGUGCUGAGUCUUUACAAGAAAUAAAGCACUUCUCUCAUCCCGAUCAUCCUCUCAAUCUUCGCCUAAACGACAAAGCAUCUACAUGUAAUCGAUGUGGAAUACAUCUGUUUAAAGAAAGCUAUAUCUAUAUAUGUUCAAUGUGUGACUUCAAGUUGGAUUUACACUGUGCGAAAGGAGCUGCUCCACUUCCUAUUCUUGAAAACUCCAAUGUGCACGAGCAUCCACUAGAACUCUUCGAUGUAUGGAACUCUUCCAAGCGCGUUAGACAGAGAAAGUGCAAAACGUGCGACUCUCCACUUUCUAUGGAAAACUAUGUUAUGUAUGUUAUCAAUGAAUAUCAGCUUCAUCUUGUUCCAAGACGCAUCCAUUUCACUUGCAAUGCUUGUGGGACGCUAGGUGAACAAAGUCCUUAUUUCUGUCUUCAAUGUAAUAUCAUGAUUCAUCGGCAGUGUAUCGAUUUACCACGUGUCAUAAACAUCAACCACCACGAUCAUCGCAUCUCUUACACCUCUCGACUUGGACAUGGAAAGUGGAUAUGCAAAGUUUGCCGUCAAAAAGUAGAUGGAUUCUAUGGGGGUUAUACUUGCGUCAAAUGUCCUAGUUUUGUUGUUCAUUCACGAUGUGCAACGAGAGAAGAUAUAUGGGACAUGAUAGAGCUAGAAGGGAUGCCUGAAGAAGAUGAAAUUGCGCCAUUCGAGGUGAUUGACGAUAACACUAUAAAACAUUUUAGCCAUGAUCAUAUCUUACGAAUCAACAAAGAUCGCUAUGGCCGAAUUCUACCUGAAAACAUUGUUUGUGAAGCAUGUGUCCUCCAGAUUUUAUCAGAACCGUUCUACAGUUGUAAGCAAUGUAAUUUUAUUCUCCACGAAAAAUGUGCUAACCAUCCACGGAAGAAACGUCAUGUGUACAACAACCUGCCAUUUACACUACUCACAAAUGACGGCGAAGUUUAUCAAUGUGGGCUUUGUUUACAAGAAUUCAGCGGUUUCAGGUAUCAAUCUAGCCAUUCUGUUAUUAUAGAUGUACGAUGCGCUGCAAUUUCAGAUACACUUGAGCACGGAAGCCAUCAACAUUCUUUAUAUUACUAUUCUAAUACAUAUAAGAAUUGUAGUAGAUGUGGGAAGAAGAAUUCGGUCUUUAGAUGUGAUGAGUGUGACUAUAGUUUGGAAGGCAAAUGUGCUCUUUUACCGGAAAAAGUAAUGAAUAAUAGAUACGAUGAUCAUCCUCUCUUCUUGUCUUUUGGUGACAUGAAUGUGAAUGGUGAAUAUUGGUGUGAGGCAUGUGAAACAAAAGUGAAUUCAAAGGAAUGGUUCUAUACAUGCAACGAUUGUGGGACUACAUUACAUAUUUCUUGCGUUGUGGGAGAUUUCUCAUAUAUCAAGCCAGGUUCAACAUUCACGAACACAGAAGUGGUAUCCAACACCUCUAUUUGUAGACCAUUUUGCUUUGUGUGUAACGCUAGAUGCAAGCUCCCUUCUAUUCUUAAGUUUUCCAAGGCCGGUGUUGAUGUAUACAUUUGUUCUUUCAAAUGUCGUCGUGAAACUUAUUAAAGAUUGAUAUAUUCUUCUAUUUAAAUUAAUAAAAUCUUUCUAUUA